AUGUUUAACACCAUCUGUUGGAACUGUCGUGGUGCUCGUAAGAAGGAGGUGGGCAAUUACUUACGACACCUGAUUGGGGCCCAUGAUGUUAGUGUUGUCGGUCUGGUUGAGACCAAGAUUGAAGUUUUUUCCAGAACGGAUGUCGAUAGGAUUGUUGGGAGGGAUUGGGAUUUCUGUUACCAACCUUCUGUGGGUAAGGCGUGCGGUAUUCUUGUGUUGUGGAAGUGCUCGAUGGGGUCAUUCCAGGUCAUCUUCAAAUCAAAACAGUGCAUUAUGGGUAGAUUUAGAAGCUCGUCUUCUUUUGACUGGGAGGUGGCUGUGGUUAACGCGGAUAAAGAUGCUCAUAUUCGGGCGAUGGCCUUCAACGAGAUCUCUCAGCACCAUGUCUCCGACUCGCCUUUGAUUGUUGGUGGGGACUUCAAUUGUAUUCUUGCUCAAGCGGACAAGAAGGGUUUCUCCAGUUCUGCUUUCACGUGGACUAACAACAAAGAUGCUGGCAGUCGCAUUUCCUCCCGCCUGGAUAGGUUUUUGAUUAGUUCCUCUAUUUUGGAUGCCUUUCAGGAGCUGAGGGUGAGCCACCUUUCGAGGAUCGCCUCCGAUCAUUGUCCGAUUCUUUGCACUGCUGAAUCGCUGCGGUACAAAGUCCAAUUACUUAACUCGACCCUCGGUCGGCUUUCGACAUGGUGGAGGCAGCGUGCGAAGGUUAAAUGGAUUGAAGAAGGGGAUGACAAUACGCGUUUCUUCCACUCGAUGGCUUCUGCUAGACGGCGUACCAACCUCAUCGACUGGAUGAGGUUGCCUGACGGCCAGAUGGUAUCUGAACAGGCGGAUAUCCUGCAGGCGGUGAAGGAGUUCUUUGACAACAAGUGGCGUGGGAUGCCUAUCUGUGAGGAUGCGUGGCCUUCUUUUGAGGCCCAGAACACCACGUUAGCACCUGUUACUACUUUGCUGGACAAAGCCGUUACGGAGGAGGAAAUUUGGAAUGGGGUUCGGGAUCUUGGUCAAAAUCGGGCACCCGGAAGAGAUGGUGUGACGGCCUCUUUUUUCAAAUCUUUUUGGAGCAUUGUCGGUAAGUAG